CUGUGUUUUUUACCCCAUACGUCUUCAUAUUUUUGGAAUGAUGCAUGGAACGAGUAUACAGCACCCGACGGUCGUAAAUACUAUUACAAUUCGAUCACUCAAGAGAAUACAUGGGAUAAACCUCAAGUAUUGAUUGAUAAAGAAGGAGGAACGGGUAUGCCGGCUGAUGCAAUUGCAGAGGCGCAAGCGAAAGCGCAAGCAGCUUUGGCUGAAUAUCUAGCACAGGUUGGUUUUGUUUAUGAAAUGGUGUGUUCUAACCAGCAGCAGCAACAACAACAGCAACCGAAAAAGGAAGAAAAGAAAGACAAUACGCGUCCAAUCAGCAGUACACCAGUGAGCGGUACCGCUUGGUGUGUGGUGUGGACGGGAGAUGGGAAGGUGUUCUUCUAUAACCCUUCCACAAAGACAUCGGUAUGGGAAAGACCUCCGGAAAUGUAUGGACGAGCUGAUGUUGAUCUGCUUGUAAGCAAAUGUCCUGAAGUAAAGAAAGAAUCUGAUUCCGGGUCGGAUGAGGAUGAUGACGGUGAGGGACCACCGAAGAAGAAGAGCCGUUCUGAACGUAAAAAGGAGGCUCUUUUGGCUCAACAGAAAAAGGAGAAGGAGAAACCUGUUCGACAGAUGCUCGAAAAGCCUGUGGAUCCUGCCGUAGCUGCUGAAUUGCAAGCUCAACGCGACCGUGAAAAAUUGCCACUAGAAGAGCGGCUUAUGCAAUUCAAAACUAUGCUUGGAGAGAAAGGCGUGGCUACUGGUAGCACUUUUGAAAAGGAGUUGUCGAAGAUUGUUUUCGAUCCGCGUUACCUGCUACUCAGCGCUACGGAGCGAAGAGCGUGUUUCGACGCAUACGUUCGUGAGAAACUAGAGCAAGAACGUGCUGAGAAGAAACGCCACUUCUGUACAUUGAUAGGACUGUCAUCAUUCUCUUCGUUUGGUUCGAAGUUUGGUAAAGAUCCACGAUUCAAAGCAGUCGAGAAAAUGCGCGAUCGUGAGGACUUAUUCAAUGAAUUUGUUGGUGAACUGCAUAAAAAAGAGAAGGAAGAACGUAGAGAGAAGAAAGAAAAGGCGAAGAAAGAUUUCCUCGCGCUACUUGCUGAACAAACGAGCUUCACUCGAAAGACAAAAUGGUCGACGGCGAAAAAGCUGCUAGAGAAUGACGAACGUUUCAAAGCUGUGGAAAGCUCGUCAUCGAGAGAGCAAAUGUUCCGUGAUCACGUGGAGAAGCUUGGAGACGAAAGUUUGUCUGAUAUUGAAGAAGAAGCAGAGCGUGAGAAACGUCUUGCCGCUGACGCUGCCAUCGCAGCCAGACAGCGAGAGGUAGAAGCUGAAUUGGGUGAUAAGCUUCGUGAACGCGAUUUAGAAAGCGAAAGGCAUCGAAUGCAGGAACACCAGGAACGGUUCAACGCCCUUCUUGUGGAUUUGGUGAAAUCAGCCGAAGCUACUUGGCAUGAAGCAAGACGAGUACUUCGUAAGGAUGAACGAUAUGCAGAGUGUGACCUCUUAGAUAAGGAGAAAAAAGAAAAUGCUUUCAAUGAACACGUCCGAGGCCUCGAGAAGAAGCGAAGAGAUGCAUUCUUCGCUGUUCUAGACGAGCAUCCGAAAAUAACGACACAGACUCGGUGGAAAGAAGCUCGGCGGAUCAUCCAGGAUGAAGAGGAAACUUUCUCUAAAGUGGCCAGCAAUAGUGAACGGAAAGUGGAACGCGACUACAGAGAUUGGCAAGAGAUGCGACAUGAUAAUGCUGUGCGCGAAUUCAAAGACCUCCUCAAGGAAACUAAAAUUAUCACGUACAAGAGCAAACGUAUGAUUGAGGAGAACGAGCAACACUUGAAAGAUAUUCUAGCUGUACUUGAGAAUGAUAAGCGUUGGAUGCGCAUGUCGGAGAAUCAUGCGUCGGAACGUGAUCGCAUCUUGGACGAAUACAUUGAUGUUUUGCACCGCAAGGGAACACCGCCACCACCAACACAACAAGAGCGUGAAAGAAGACGAAAGGAUGUGCCUGCGUGA